AUGUAUGAGGUUAAUGUGCCUGCUAGUAAGAAGAAACAGAGUCUGAAAAGAAAGGAAGCAUCUUCAAGUGACUCUAAGUAUGAUGUUGAGGAGGAUGUGCCAGACAUCAAACCGUUUGCCUCAAAGAAAAAGUAUGAAUUUCAGAAAGCUACACAAGAUAGGCAAAAGAGUUAUGCGGAUAAGCAUCGUAGGCCUUUGGAAUUUGAAGCGGGUGAUCUUGUAUUUCUUAGAGUUACACCGACCACGGGUGUUGGAAGAGUUUUGAAAGCUAAGAAAUUAACUCCGAAGUUUAUUGGACCGUAUCAAAUUACGGAAAGGAUAGGAAAGGUAGCUUAUCGUAACGCGUUACCACCGGUACUAUCUCGGAUUCAUGAUGUGUUCCAUGUUUCUCAGUUGAGAAAAUAUACUCCCAACCCCUCACAUGUGAUCAAACCGGACGAUAUCCACUUGAAAGAGAACUUGUCAUUUGAGGUUCCGCCGAUCAAGAUUGCGGAUAGGAAGAUGAAGCUUUUGAGGACAAAAGAAAUACCUUUGGUUAAGGUAAUUUGGAACGAAGCUACCGGAGAUGCGACAUGGGAACUUGAAAGCAAAAUAAAAGAGCAAUAUCCGGAGUUAUUCAACGACGUUUAA